UUUAGGCAAUGGGCGUUUAUCAUUGCAUUUUUAAUGACUUAAAUACUUCACAAGGAGUGGGCACCUCUGAUAUUAUUUUCUAUAUGAUGAUUAAAGCUCUAAUGAGGAAAAUCACGAGCAUGGGGGAAGUACGUAUUCAGAAACGGUGACGUAAGAUGCAAGUCAAAAGUUCAAAGAUAAAAACCAUAAGUUCUUCACAACGCAGCAUAUUGAGGAUAUGUGUCAUACAUGCAAUAGCUAGCAAGCUUAGGUCAUUAUGUUUUUGAAGUUGUGCAGCAUGUCACUCUGGUGUCAAGUAACAUGGAUGUCUUUUUUCCUUGGGAAUGUGUUGGGGUCGACCACUCAGUGUCAUUCUUCGACCGCAGACACCACUAGUUUUUCCAUCGUGAGCCGUCGCAAUGCAACCGGACACUGGUCAACAGAGGUGGUGCUGGGGCAGGACCCGUCGCUACGCGUGGAUGACGACUGCCCGUGGGACAUAAACAUCGAGCAAAGAGCGACGCGGCACGAUCAAGGAUCGGAAACAGUCACAAUCACAACCAACGUCGCAGCGCCGCCGCGGGUCGACGUGCGCGGGUACACGCUCCUGCCCGGUCACGGGUACUACAGGGUGCACCGGGUACCCGCCACGUGGGAGCAGGCUCGCCAGACGUGCGCGGACGAGGGCGCCCACCUGGUGGUCCUCAACAGCGACGCAGAGGCGGCGGCAGUGCGGGGACUGAUUGGCGGCGUGCACAUCUCGGGUACAAGCGACGACUGGUACCUGCACGCCGGCUUCCACGACCAGCUCCAGGAGGGCAGCUACGUCACUGUCCUGGGUGGUUCUCUAAGUAGAACCGGCUACACGACCUGGAAAAGAGGCGAACCCAACAAUGACGGGAACGAGGACUGCGGCAGCAUCAAUCGCAGUGCAGACCUCAACGACGUGUCGUGCACCAAGCGGCUGUACUUUGUCUGCGAGCUGUGACCACUGUUAAACAUGUUUGUUUGUUUGUUUUGCAUCUCUGUGCUAGGUCAACAGUGGGUCGGCAGUCAACUUUGUCAAAGUUGAGCAACUUUAUGCUUGCACGUAUGGUCAAAAUGAUUAAAUGUGUAAUCUUCUGGAAUCUUCCCUGACUUUCACGUGCACUUACUUCUUUAUUGUAUUCACUCUAAAUAAACAAAUACCAAUUAAUGAAAGACUAA